GCCCCGAGUUCGGGGGUGUCGGAGGUAGGAGAGCGACGGGACAGGACGGGACAGAGCUGGACUGGACUAGACUAGGGAUGGCCGGCGGGAGCCAGGAGCGGAGCCUGCGGGAGGAGCUGACCUGUGCCAUCUGCUGCGAGCUGUUCAGCGAGCCCGUCAUGCUGGACUGCAUGCACCACUUCUGCAGGGGCUGCAUCCAGCGGUACUGGGACAGCUGCGGCCGCGGCCCCUCGUGCCCGCAGUGCCGCCGCCGCUGCCCCGGCCGCGCCGUCCGCACGCACUACCUGCUCGCGGGGCUGGUGGACAAGGUGCGGCGCUGCGGCUCGCAGCAGCACCAGCGGGAGAUGCAGAAGCACCUGGAAGAUGCUUUGCAAGCUCGUCAGAAGGAGAUGGAGAACUUGCUGCAGAGGAAGCGUGUGGUGCAGGAGGACAUCUGCAGCCUGACGAAAGUGUCUGGGGAGCUGAACUUCAAGAUUCGGGCUGAGUUUGCUCGCCUUCAUCAGAUCCUGGAGGAAGAGGAGAGGGCUGUGCUGGCAGAGCUGGGUGAGAAGGAGGAGCAGUCACUGGCCCAGCUGCACAGGCACAUUGGCCAGCUGGAAGAGGGGGUGGCAUUGCUGCAGAGGGACAUCGAGCACGUCAAGCAGACCCUGAGCAAGAUGGAAGAUGUGUCACUGCUGGAGGUGGAGAGCCUGGAUAUCAGGCCCUCGGUGCGUGUUGAGACCCAGCCUGCCCUGGACCUGCAGCACUACAGGGACAGCCACAGUGGCCCCUUGCAGUACAUCUUCUGGAGGCAGAUGCUGCGCUCCAUCUGCCCUGCUCCUGCCCCGCUCACCUUUGACCCUGAGUCAGCCCACCCCAACCUGGUCCUCUCCAGGGAUCUGACAGCAGUGACAGAGAGGAGCCGAGCCCAGCCUGUCCCCGUCAGCCCUCGGCGCUUCCGUCAGUGCGUCAACGUGCUGGGCUCGCAGGCCUUCCACAGCGGCCGGCACUACUGGGAGGUCUGGGUGGGCAGCAAAACCAAGUGGGACCUGGGGGUGGCUGCUGAGGCUGUGGACCGGGCAGCCAGGGUCAAGCUGUGCCCAGAGAACGGCUACUGGACGCUGCGCCUGCGGAACAGGACGGAGUACUGGGCCUCUGCCAGCCCCUGGGUGCGCCUGGCUCCCCGCCAGCCCCCGCGCAAAGUGGGCGUCUUCCUGGACUGCCAGGAGGGCACCGUCGCCUUCUUUGAUGCUGGGGACAUGUCCCACCUCUUCACCUUCCACCAGGUCUCUGCAGAGAGAUACUGCCCCUUCUUCAGCACCUGCUUCAGUGACGGGGGGGACAACGUGGAGCCCAUGCGCCUCUGUCACCUGGCCCUGUGAGGGACGAGGUGCUGGGGACGCCAGCCUGGCUCCCGCCUGGGGCUGCUCUGGAGGCCAGCUCUGCUCAAACAAGCCUGAGGGGUGUUGGAGGAGCCGUUUUGGUUUCAGUUUUGGGAGGAAGGAGGGGAUGAGUCUCUACCCAGUCCUGUCUGCCCUCCCUUCCCUGUGCCACGGCUGUGAUAUCCGAUACAAGGCAUUCACAGGGGUUCCUGGCCCCCUUCACGAGCACAGCUCAGUUCAGUAACAGCAGCCACGGGGCUGCGAGUUGCUGGCACCUCCUGCCUCUCUGUGCUCCCACCAUAAGCCCCCUGGAGGAGGGCAGCGGUCCCGAGGCACCAUCGGGUGCCUCUCAGCCCCACAUCCCGGCCAUGGCAUCGUCUGCUGGAAGAGCUUCCCGGGGCAGGGCUCCGGGCCGGCGGCAGAGGGAGCCCGGUGCGCGGCCGGGGACUGAGCGCGGCUCCCUCGCUUCUGUCGCUAUUAAAGCUCCUUAGAAAGCCACUGGUGCCUGCUGGGGCUGCUCGGGGCUUGUGUGCUGGAGGAUCUGCUGCUCUGGGGUGUGGCACAGCCUGGGGACACCGAGCAGCCCCCCAGAGCCCUGCUCCAGCCCUGGCUGUUUUGUGCCUGCGGCAGAGGAGGCUCGAAAGAGACACUGCUCCUGUAUA